AUGGUUCGUCUAAUCCCCGGCGGCAUCAGCAUACUCAACAGUCUCAAUAAUAAUCAGCAGUCUCGAGGACUCGGUUCUACCGGUGCGCAAAUACUCAUCGAUGGCAAACGAAUGUCCGGUAAAUCAAAUGAUAUGCAAGGUAGACUAAGUCGAAUCCAGGCAAGCCAAAUUGAGCGGAUUGACCUGAUUCGAGGCACAGCGGAAGGAUUGGAUAUUCGAAGCCAAGGCGUGUUGAUCAAUGUGAUUCUUAAGUCCGGGGCGAGUGAUGACAUCAGCUAUCUGUCUGAAUUUCGUUUGACGCACAACAAUCAGCAAAACACAAAACCUGAAUGUUGCUGCAUCAGCUAG